UAAUUUAUUUGUGCCACAUUUCAGUUAAUAUACCUUGCUAGCUAUGAGUUCGAUUGGAACAGGAUACGAUCUGAGUGCUGAUCAAUUCUCUCCAGAUGGCAGGAUUUUUCAAGUUGAAUAUGCACAGAAGGCUGUGGAAAACAGCAGCACUGCAAUAGCCAUCAAGUGUAAAGAUGGCGUGGUUAUGGCAGUUGAAAAACUAAUUAUAUCUAAAUUGCACGAAGACGAUUCAAACCUAAGAAUCUUCAACAUCGAUAAGCACGUGGGAAUGGCGAUUGCUGGUCUACUUGCAGAUGCAAGACAAAUAGUAGAAAUUGCUAGAGAUGAAGCGGCUUACUAUCGUUCAGAGUUUGGUGGCCCAAUCCCUCUCAAAUACCUUACUCGCAGAGUCGCAAUGUACAUGCAUCUUUACACAUUAUAUGGAGCUUAUCGACCAUUUGGAGCAAGUGUUCUAAUGUCAUCAUUCAAUGAGGACGAACCAGAACUACAUAUGAUAGAUCCUUCUGGUGUGUCUUGGGGUUACAAUGGCUGUGCUAUUGGAAAAGCAAAACAAGCAGCGAAAACAGAGAUAGAGAAAAUUGAUUUUAAAAAUAUAACCUGCAAGGAGGCGUUGAAAGAGGCAGCAAAAAUUAUAUAUAUUGUCCAUGAUGAAGUGAAAGAUAAAGAUUUCGAUCUUCAACUGAGCUGGGUUGGUAUGGACACAGAGAAAAAACAUUCUAUGGUACCCUCCAGGUUAAAAAAAGAUGCUGAAGAUUUCGCUAAACAGUCAAUGGAAGACAGCGAUUCUGACGAAGAUUAAAUGUAUUUAAUUUAAUAGCAAACGUUGACAGUGAUACACUGGCUAAUGUAACAAACAGGAACCACUGUUCCUGCUUAUAUACCAAUGGCCUAUACCAGAUAUGCUGUUUUGAGAUAAAAUUCAGACAGCAACAUUGUUCAAUGUGUUAAAACUCUUGGGUUAACGUUUUUCAUCAUUCGUCUGAUUAAAAUAAUUUUUCCUGAA